AUGGUCAUAUCAAUCAGCUAAAAAAAAGCUUAAACAUUUUAUGCAUAACCUAAUAUAAACGAAGCCAUAAAAGUAUGGAAUACAAUGGAAAAGAAUAUUUUUUACUAAGCCCUAAAAUUAACUUUACCUUCGACAAAAUAUGUUUAAAAAAUAUACAUAGACAAUGUUACUAAUUAAGAUAUAUUAUAAUAAUAAAAUUAACCAAAAUUUGAAAUUAUUAGAAUUAAUGACGAAGAAAAUUUUUAUAAAAAAUAAUUAUUUAAAUUUAAUAAAUAAAAAAUCCAAAUAAGAAUACUUUCAUCUCAUAAACUAGUUAAACCUAAUUCUUAAACAACUAAGUUUUUCAAUAAAAUUAUUCUUCAUGUACACGGAGGUGGAUUUGUAUCUAUGGGAACUCGAUCACAUUAAACAUAUACUAGAAAAUGGGCUAAUAAGUUAGGAAUUCCUAUAUUUGCAGUUGAUUAUAAAAAGGCACCUUAACAUCCCUAUCCUUAUGGAUUAAAUGAUUGCUGGUAAGCUUAUUUAUGGAUAUUAUUUUAUGCUGAGAAAUUCUUUAAUGUGAAACCUGAAAAAAUAAUACUUGUUGGUGAUUCUGCUGGUGGUAAUUUAAUAUUAGGCUUGGUUUAACUUUGUAUAAAAUUUAAUAUUUAAUUACCUUCGGGCAUUAUUCCUGUUUAUCCGGCUUUAAAUUUACAUAUUCAUAGUUUUACACCGAGUAAUAUAUUAGCUUUGGAAGAUUAAAUUCUCCCUCAUAUGUACUUAAAAUUAAUAUAGAAAGCAUAUUUAUAAGAUAAAUUAUAAUAUGCAGAUAGUGAUCCUUUAAUAUCUCCUAUUAUAAUACCUGAUCAAGUUCUUUAAAAAUUCCCUCGAUGCAGAUUUUCUAUUGGUUUAAAUGAUCCUUUAACUGAUGAGACUUUUAGAUUUUUGGAAAGAUUAAUAAAAAAUGGAGUUGAUGCAAAAAUUAUUGCUUAUAAAAAUAUGCCACAUGGAUAUUUAAAUUAUGAUAAUAUAGGAGGAAUGAAAUGUGCUUCUAUUUGUGUUUAAGAUGUUUGCGAUUUAAUUAAAGAAUUAGUUGAUUGAAUUUUUUUUUUUUAAUUAUAAUUAUUAGUUUACUUUUAUAUUUUAUAUAUUUUUACAUUUUAAAAAUUGAUUUCUUUUUUAAUAUUUA